UUCAGUGUGUGUGUGUUUUUGGGAGCGCGAGACCAUGGCUCUGUCCCAGGUCCAGUGUCUGGACGACAACCACGUGAACCCGCGGACGCACGAGUCCAAACCGGACUUCUUGUACUGCGAGGACCAGCGGCUCGCGCUGGAGGCGUUCCUGCUGGACGGGCGCGAGGCGCUCGGGAAGUACCUGUGCGCGCACGGCCUGCGCGGCUUCCUCUCGGACCCGGAGCUGGAGACGCUCGCCGAGGGGGUGGUGCCCUACGACCCGGGCGCGGAGCUCUUUUUCCCGGAGAACGCUGAGGACGAUGCCGCCGAGCUGCCGCUGUCGCUGCACUACUGGCCCGAGCUGUCCGACACCUCCGUGCCGCAGAUGGACCUGAGCUGGCCGGAGAACAUCUCCUACCGCGGGGUGACGCGCACCGCCGUGUACACGCAGCCGCCGCUGGAGGGUCAGGUGCACAUCAAAGAGGUCGUCAGGAAAAUGAUUGCGCAGGCGCAGAAGGUAAUCGCGGUGGUGAUGGAUGUGUUCACCGAUGUCGACAUCUUCAGGGAUUUGCUGGACGCCGGCUUCAAGAGGAAGGUUUCCGUCUACAUCCUGUUGGAACGCACCACUCUUCCUCAUUUCGAGUCCAUGUGUCAGAGGGCCAACAUGCACGCCGGGCACCUCAAGAACCUCCGUGUCCGCUGCACGGAUGGAGAAGACUUCUACAGCCGGUCCUGCACGAAGGUCCGAGGGCGGAUGGGACACAGAUUCAUGUUCAUCGAUGGAGACAAAGCCGUGUCUGGAUCAUACAGCUUCACCUGGAUGUCAUCGCGGCUGGACAAAAAUCUCAUCACGGUGACUACGGGCCAGGCGGUGGAGGUCUUCGACAGGCUGUUUUGCGUCCUCUACGCGACCUCCAGCUCCGUCGACCUCCGGCCGGUCGCCACGGAGCCAGAACCCGAACUGGAGCCCCUCUCGCUGCCGGUGCCGGCGGCCGCUCCUUCCGCCGCCAUGGCGAGGAAACUGUACAGCCCCAAAUACGCCAUGCUCGCUUUAAGCAGCCCCGUCCGUUCUGCCGACCCCGUAGAGCCCCCCAGUCCACAGAACUCCAAGAAAGACACCAAGAAGGGGCGGCGGAAGGCGGCACCUGUUCAGGAGGAUCCUCCCAUCCACCCCGGAGUCACCGAUCUAGAAAAAGUAUGCAUGAUGUCAUACCUGCCCACCUGGCCGGAACCUGACCCCCCCAAGGACGUGAUCGGGUUCAUCAACAUUCGCGAUAACAGAAAACCGAACCAGGUCCAUCAGAGAUCCGAGAUGUUCCAAACCAGCCAAGCGAUCCGGUUCAGCAGUCCGUUCAGCGUGACGAAGGAAACCCUGCCGGAGGUCGCCACGCUCCGACAGGUCACCGCCAAACAGGGCAACGCAGAACCCGUGAAGACCGCCGAAAAAGAGUCGACUGGACGGAAACCACCUGACUCUGACACAACUGUGACGACUGUGCCACAAAAGGCGGAGGCGGCUCGCACGGGCAUGCCACGAGACUCCCGUGAAAUGACCCAGAGCGCUCGCCCUGCCACCGCCAACAAGGCGCCCUCCUCCUCUUCUGCUUCCGUCGGCUCGUUUUCUGAAAAUGGUCCAGUCUCCUCCCCGGAAAACGGUCCCGUCGGUGCCUCUUCUCCUUCGCCCUCUUCUUCCAUUCCGCCGCUCGCCUCUUUUUCCACAACUCCCAAUCCUCCCCUCGCAUCCUCCUCGGUAUGCCCGUCCUCAAACCCUCCUCCACCCCCCAUCCCUAAACCUCGUACGGUCCAGUUGGUUAUGAAAGACGGCGUCGCCGGCGAGGGCCGGCUGCUGCCGGAGUUCAGCGUCGUCAGGAAGCCCGAGACGAGCGCCGGGGUCCGUGACGGGGUCCGUGACGGGGUCCGUGACGGGGUCCGUGACAAGGUCCGUGACGGGGUCCGUGACGGGGUCCAUGACGGGGUCCGUGACAAGGUCCGUGACGGGGUCCGUGACGGGGUCCGUGACGGGGUCCGUGACGGGGUCCGUGACGGGGUCCGUGACGGGCGCCUUUCAGGAGCUUUGGCAGAAAGAAGCGUACCGGGGGCCGCACGGAAACAUGCGGAUAGCGCGUCGGGUAUCGGAGGAGAUGCGCAGCGGAAGCAGAGCGCGACCUCCCGAGAGACGACGACGGCCAAGGAGGCGGAUGGACGACGCGAGAGAGCGGACAGAAACAAAGCUGAGUCGGACGUUAUGAUUACCGAGGCGCCAAAGGCAGCGAGCGUGAAUAUUCAAGAGUCGAUUCACGCAAAUGUCGAGCCCGAGACGUUGACGUCGACAGACUGCAACUCAACCUCGCAGACAGAGCGUGCGGCGAAGACUCCGGGAAGAGAUUCGUAUGGCGGCGAGCCAAAUGAAUCAAGAGGGAGUGUUUCAGAAUGCAAAGCACGUGCACCUCAGAGGAUAUCGUACAGUGAGUCGACUCCAAAGGAAGCGCACGCAUUAGAGAUUGUGGACUCUGUAGAGGCUCCGAGUUUUACACCAAAUCCAGCCUUCCAGGAACAAAUCCCCAAAGCAGAGGCGAGCACACACACGCCUGAAAGACCCCGGCGCCUGCACCUCUUUGACGCGCAGGUGCCCGACUCCCGGUCUCCGACGCCGGACGGCUUUCUCCCGCGGACGCCCACCCCGGACUCGCGGACGCACACGCCUGAAUUAUCCCAGCACAUGCACCUCUUUGACACGCAGGUGCCCAACUUCCGGUCGCCGACGCCGGACGGAGUUCUCCCGCGGUCGCCCACCCCGGACUCGCGGACAGCCACCCCGGAGUUGCGGACGCACACGCCUGAAAGACCCCGGCGCCUGCACCUAUUCGACACUCAGUUGCCCGACUUCCGGUCGUCGACGCCGGAUGGAUUUCUCCCGCGGACGCCCACCCCGGACUCGCGGACGCACACGCCCGAUUUGCGCUCCCCGGAUGUCCAAACGCCGUCGUCCGACGGGUACAUAUCAGCGAGAACGGACUCCGCCCUCUCCACCAACUCGGAGGAGUACUACGAGUGCAGCAACUCCAUUUUCCACGAGCCGGUUUUCGACCGAGCGUCUUUCCACAACCCCGUGGCUACGGAGGCCAAUGCUCCCAACGCCACGAGCAUCACCUGUACAGCCGCUAGAGGCAUACCAGACAGGAGUACCUUCAGGAGUGAGACGGAGAGUUGGUCCUCUUUGAGGAUCGCGGCCGAUGAAAGCGUCGUCAACGGGGGAGGAGAGGAUGAAAGGGGGAGCGUGGCCGAGGGAGAUGACCAGGGGGCGGAGAGGAGAGGCAGCGACGACGCCAAGAGGAGAGCGGACCACUUUCGACGAGGUGAAGAUUCGACGUGGAGAGAAGAGGAAAACAUAGACGCCCAAGCCCCGAAGAGGAAGAGGGUGCCGAACCAAUCGGGGGCGGAGAAACAGGUCGACGCUGGAGCGACUCCCGGAGAAUCGACCAAUGAGAGAGCGGGGCCGAAGCCGCUGUCCACAGGUGACUUCCGAUCAAGGAAGUCUUCUUCGGAGAGAAAGAGAGAAGACAAGGAGAAGGCGGAGGAGCGGGAGGCACUAGGACCCAGCGGAGCGGAGAGGAGAGACACUGACGGACAGAAGCUCUCGCACGCACUUCCCAAAACGCCACUUGGCCAGCGGCGAGGCGGCGAGGCGUCGUCUCCUCCCCGCCCGCCCAGACCCCCCCGGCCCGCCUCGCCCGCCCCGGGGCCUCGGGGCGGGGGAAGCCGUCUGCCGACCCGGACGGAGAGCCCUCCGUCCCCUCGGGCGCCGUCGUCCAGGCCGCCGGCGUCCAAGCAGGACGAGGUCGCCCACGGCCGGCGGAGCCCCGCCCCUCGGCAGCCUCUGGCUGCGGAGGUCACGACGAGAGGCGGAGCGGAGGCCUCCCGGAGCCCGACGGCGGCGCAGGAAACGCACUGGCAGGAGGGGGAAGGGAAGGCGCCCUUCAGCUUCACCUUCAGCCGGCUGUACAGCCUGAAGGGCCUGAGGGACAAGGUGAACAGGCUGCCGUCGCAGAGCAAAGGAGGCGGAGCCAACUCUCAACGCAAGAGCACCAGCUAGUCCGAGGCGAAGGCGAGUUAUGGAUCACGCUUCAAGGAAAGGAUCGUGACUCCGCCCACUGUGCAAGAACUGGAGGACUUUAGGAGAAUGCCUGACCUUUUGACCGUUGGCCUCGUGGCGCUCGCCUCCUUCACGAGGCGCACACCGACUAACCCGUCGGAGGUCGUGGCCUCUGAUGGAUUUGUUUCUUCUAUUUUUCCACAAGAAAAAAACUUUGAUAGAAGAUUGUUGCCUGUUUGUUUUUUUUACGUAAAGCUGCACAUUUAUCGAUCGCUUCGACCUCGACUGGAUCCAGAGAAAAGAUAAGAUAAGAUAAGAAAAGAUAAGAUAAGAAAAGAUAAGAUAAGAUAAGAAAAGAUAAGAAAAGAAAAGCCGCCGCGUGACGCAGCUUCAGUGAAAUGUGUCAGAUCUUCUUCGGUAUCUCAGGACGAUGAACUUCCGCUUUCAAAUGGCAACGAUCACUCAAACUGAAGCGUGUCCAAAGGACCUCGUGGUGAUGUCAUCGUGUCCGUGUGAGUGGCAGCGCUCCACCCCGCUGAUGCUGCUGCUGCUUGUUGUUGUUGUUGUUGUUGUUGCCGAUGUUUCUGACCUUUUUCUUUUUCUUACUUUGUAAUCUCCCAUCGUGUACAUCAAACUAAAGGCUGUUCGGUAGUUGA